AUGAGAGAAAUUGUACACAUUCAGGGAGGACAAUGUGGCAACCAAAUCGGUGCCAAGUUCUGGGAAGUAAUUUCGGACGAACAUGGAAUCGACCCUACCGGGACGUACAAUGGCGACAGUGAUCUGCAACUGGAACGCGUAAACGUGUUUUACAAUGAGGCGACUGGUGGGCGCUUUGUCCCUCGCGCCAUUCUGAUGGAUCUCGAGCCAGGCACCAUGGACAGCGUGAGAGCGGGGCCCUUCGGUCAGCUCUUUCGUCCAGAUAAUUUCGUCUUCGGUCAGACUGGAGCGGGCAACAACUGGGCCAAAGGUCACUACACUGAAGGUGCCGAACUGAUUGAUUCUGUGCUCGACAUUGUCCGUAAAGAAGCUGAAGGCUGUGACUGUCUACAGGGCUUUCAGAUCACACACAGCUUAGGGGGAGGCACAGGCAGUGGUAUGGGCACUCUCUUAAUCAGUAAAGUCCGUGAGGAAUACCCCGACCGCAUCAUGGAGACGUUUAGUGUGUUUCCGUCGCCCAAAGUGUCUGAUACAGUCGUGGAGCCCUACAACGCAACACUGUCUGUCCACCAGCUGGUGGAGAAUGCAGACGAAGUGCAAGUGAUCGAUAACGAAGCGCUGUACGACAUUUGCUUUCGAACACUGAAGCUGACAACGCCCACGUAUGGGGAUCUGAACCACCUCGUUAGCGCUGCCAUGUCCGGUGUGACAUGUUCUCUUCGGUUCCCCGGUCAACUGAACAGCGACUUGAGGAAACUUGCCGUCAACCUCAUUCCGUUCCCUCGCCUCCACUUUUUCCUUAUCGGAUUUGCACCUCUCACGAGUCGCGGGAGUCAGCAAUACAGAGCUUUAACUGUUCCCGAGCUGACGCAGCAAAUGUUCGAUGCAAAGAACAUGAUGUGUGCAUCGGACCCGCGACACGGCCGCUAUCUGACUGCGUGUGCCAUGUUCCGUGGCCGAAUGUCCACAAAAGAAGUGGACGAACAAAUGCUGAACGUGCAGAAUAAGAACUCCUCUUACUUUGUCGAGUGGAUUCCCAAUAACAUGAAGUCCAGCGUAUGCGAUAUCCCACCUAAAGGUCUCAAGAUGUCUGUCACUUUUGUCGGAAACUCGACGGCAAUUCAAGAGAUGUUCAAACGCGUUUCGGAACAAUUCACCGCUAUGUUCCGAAGGAAGGCUUUCUUACAUUGGUACACUGGAGAGGGCAUGGAUGAGAUGGAGUUUACAGAAGCCGAGUCAAACAUGAAUGACUUGGUUUCUGAAUACCAGCAGUACCAGGAUGCCACUGCCGAAGAGGAGGGGGAAUUUGACGAUGAAGAAGGAGUUGCCGAAGGCGAAGGCGCCGAGUGA